AUGGACCUCAAUGACCUCUCACAGACCUCACAGACCUCACCAGACCUCAUGGACCUCACAGACAUCACACGGACCUCACAGACCUCAUGGUCCUCACAGACCUCACACAGACCUCACAGACCUCACAGGUCCUCUUCACAGACAUCAUGGACCUCACUCAGACCUCACACGGACCUCACAGACCUCACAGGACCUCACAGACCUCAACAAGCGCCCCUGGAGCUUGGCUCCCUCUUCAGGGACCAGGACUCCUCACCUCCCCACUGGCACAGGCGUACAUCCUUUCUCUGA